AUGGGCAAGCGCAGUGCUGGCAAAGCCAGCCUCAAGGACGACGAUGGGGCCAGCAUUGGGGAGCGCACCAGGCACAUUAAGAAUAAGAUAGUCCGCGGUCAGCUCUAUGGGAAGCUGCGGAAGAAGAAGGACGAAGCGAAGAAGGCGGAGCGCAAGAAGCGGCAAAAGGAGCGCGAGAAGGCCCUGGAGCUGGGCAUCGAGCCGCCACCCCGUCCCGUGCAGCGCACCAUUGACAACACGCGCGAGCCCGACGAGACGAUGGUGCAGCCGGGCGACGAGGAGGUCGCGGCCGACGAGGCCGAGGACGAGUUCGCCGCCCACUUCCGGUGCGAGCGGCCGCCGAACGUGCUGGUGACGACGUCCCGGAAGUCCACGAAGGCGACGUUCCAGUUCGUGUCGGAGGUGAUGGAGCUGCUGCCGUGCGCGACGUUUUGCGAGCGGCGAGGGUAUGACUUGAAGGACAUCGUCAAGUUCGCGAACAACCGCAACUUCAGCGACAUCAUCGUGUUCCACGAGGACAGGAAGAAAAUGCAGGCCAUGAACCUCAUCCACCUCCCAGACGGACCGACGGCGCGCUUCAGGAUCACGAACUACGCGCUGAGCAAGGACAUCAAGAACUGCGGGCGCGCGACGGACCACCGCCCGGAGCUCAUCCUGAAUGGCUUCAACACGCGCCUCGGACACCGCGUGGGACGCAUGUUCGCGUCGCUCUUCCACCAGGACCCCGAGUUCAAGGGACGGCGCGCGGUGACGUUCCACAACCAGCGGGACUUCAUCUUCGUGCGGCAUCACCGGUAUGUAUUCGAGGAGCGUAAGCAGCGGGUCAAGGGCGAGAAGGAGAGGGAGCAGGUCGUGCGGGCCAGGAUGCAGGAGCUGGGGCCGCGGCUGACGUUGAAGCUGGACUCGUUACAGAAGGGGACGUUCAACAGCCGGCACGGGGAGUUCGAGUGGUACGGAGCGGGCGUGGAGGCGAGCAAGAAACGCUUCUUCCUGUGA